UGCCAUCCAUUAUGGAGCAGCAAAUAAAAGAGUUGGUGUUGAAACCAUCUGUUUUCCUUUGUUUGUUUUGCAUUGAAUUGUUUACAUUGUUCCCGUUCGGUAGCCGGGACAUUGAUUGACUUCUGCGCUGGUCUGGAUCCAGCCAAGCGUCAUGUAGCUACGGAGUACAUGGUUCAAGCCACUUGUUUUGUGCGUCGAUUAUUGAUGCCUUUGGGGGCGUAGCUUGGACAUGUGAUUGGCUGGGAUGGAAUUAACCGUCAGCAUAACACGAGGAGCUUGGAUGAUGAUUACGGAGCGCUGGAAAUCAUGUUCUAAUGCACGUCCAAAGUAUCUAAGCAAGCAAAGUUCAAUCGUCGGCGGAGAAACAGAGAAGCUACUGAAUGAAGCAGAGGAAAGUCUAUACACGUUCAGGUGCUAUAUCUCAUGAGACACUCACUCACUCAUACACUCACUUACACGCUCCCACACCACACUCAACUUAUACCGUCAAUAGGUUCAUCAAAUCUCAUUUUUUAAAAUCACCCAUCAUCAAUCGUCAUCAGCAUCCCCACCCUCUUCUCGCUUAUGUACACCCUUGCUGGAAUUAAACAAACGCAAAAAAUCCCCCAUCUCGUCCCGCCCAAUUCUGCCAUCAAAUCUCAGCUCGUCACGUCACGUCACGUCAGUCACGCAUCGCCAUGCCCCCUUUACACCCACUAAUAUGAACUGCCAGCACAGCACAGCACACAGCACAGCACAGGUGCUAUGCUCUGCAUGCUGACCACUAAAAGGCCGCUGAUGCCCAGCGAGAAGCACCUCCGUAGCGCAAAUCCAUUGGUUCCAUUUCCAUUCUAUUGAUUAGGCUUCAAUCGAUUAUCCAGCACAGUUCACUUGAGUUGAGCAGCUGAUGCCCCGUGCUUUCGCUCACUGUAAUCAGGUGGCGGCGCCUCUGUAAUUCCGGCCCGAGCCUUUGUUUCCCUUGAGAAGAUUAACGCCAGAAAUAAAUCCCCCAGACCAAGACCCGGACAAACAAACCCCUGCUAGGCCCAAU